AUGGUUAGCCAGCGUCUAGCUCGACAUUCAUGCAUCUCUCUCUUCUUCUUCUCUUCUACCAUCUCUACUUCAUCUACUAUCUUCUACUAUCUUCAUCAUCUUCAUCAUCUCUCGAUCUUCUUCUCUUCGCGUUUUCUUCUUCGUCUUUGUUUUGGUGAUCCUUGUCUUAGUCAGCAGGCUCGGCCUUCACCAAAAAACAAAACAACAAAAAAAAAGGUACUUCGAGACAAGAAGACGAGCUGGAAGAAGAGCUGA